AUUUACUCUACGAAUUGCAAAUAAACAUUAUGUGUCAGUGCACCUACUUCUUCACAAAACAUUAUCUUAGUUGUCAAUUCCGGAAUUGCAAACAAUGAGCAGGAACACAAAAAGCUGGAUAUUUUUUAAUAAAUCUUAUACUUCUAAUCGAAUGGUCGAAACGCAAAAUGUGGAAGUGGAUGAGGACGAUGUGAUGUCUAAGACAAUUGGUGACUAUGGAAAGUGGCAACUGCAAAUGACAUUCCUAUUGGCCCUUGUGAAUAUUCCCUGCACGUGGCACAUUGUUUCCUUUACUUUUCAAGCUGCCGAAAGGCACGUGACGUGUGCGCGAUCGAAUAGUUUGGAAAAUACUACCCCGAUUUUGUGGAACAACUUUACUCAAGCAACUGAUCACUGUUUCAUAAAAAAUGUUACCCAUGUUAAUUCUAGUGGAUAUAGUGAUGUUAGUGCAAGUCUUAUCAAGUGUGAUGAAUGGAAAUUUGAAGGGAAAGGUGAUACACUUAUUAAAGAAUUCAGCUUGCUAUGUGACCGAGAACAUCUCACUAACGUCGCCGAUAUGACAUUUUUGGCUGGAGUGGCUGUUGGUGGGCUCGUUGGUGGAAUAUUCUCGGACAGGUACGGGAGGAAACGAAUGCUAAUGUGCGCAGUUUUUUUGCAAGCACUUUUAGGCACGCUAAUAGCUGUCACACCAUGGUUUGAACUUUACGUUAUAUUAAGAACUAUAUUGGGAUUUAUAUCGGUUUCAGUUGUGUUCAGCGGUUUCGUACUUACUGUUGAGAUCGUUGGAGGAAAAUGGAGAAUAGUGUCUGGAGUUGCGUACAUGUUUCCUGUAGCACUAUCGUACAUUAUGAUUUCGGGAAUCGCUUGGUUGCUUCCCCAUUGGAGGCAUCUGCAGUUUGCCAUAUCACUCCCCGGAUUUUUAUUCGUUGCUUUGUGGUGGAUUCUGCCAGAAUCGCCUCUGUGGCUUUUAGCAAUGGGGCGAACUCAUGCGGUGCUGGAAGUUUUACGUAGCGCAGCUAAGUACAACAAAAAAGAACUACCUGAUAAUUUAGACAAGCAGUUACUUACCGAACCAGAUUUACAAACAGAAAAGGCAAGCGUUUUUGAUCUAUUUAGAACUGGUAGAAUGAGAAGAACCACCUUUUUGCUAUGCAUUAUAUGGUUUUCUUUGUAUUUAUUAUAUUAUGGCAUUGUUCUUAACUUAGGCAACAUUGGUGGUGACUUAUAUGUUAAUACGGUAAUAUCUGGAAUAGUUGAAGCGCCUGCAAUUGCGAUCAGCGUUCCGAUUUUGUUGCGAAUGGGAAGACGUUGGCCGUUAUCUAUAACGAUGUUGAUAACGGGUGUCUCCUGUUUGUUAACGCUACCGGUACCAUACAUUUUUAACAAACAAUGGAUAGUUACGACAUUAGCUAUGGUUGGAAAAUUUUCGAUUAGUUCAACUAACGUUAUUGUACCAAUAUUCACUGCUGAGCUUUAUCCAACGACCAUCAGAAAUAUCGGAGUUGGGGCCAAUAAUGUCAGUGCCGGUAUUGCUCUGAUAUUAGUUCCGUUUUUAUGGGAUUUGAAAUAUUUACAUCCGACUGUUCCCAUGGCACUAUUAGGUGCCUGUGGCGUAAUUGGCGGACUGACAGUUCUGUUUUUACCGGAAACAAGUAAUCUUCCAUUAGACGCUACAAUUAAACAACAGCGUAGCGGAAGAAGAAUGUCUUGUACACGAAAAGUACCCAAAAGAGUAUCCGCAUAGUAGAUUAAUUAAACGCGAUUAGGUUUACCUGUGCUGUGAAUCACACAACUGAAGUACAACUUAGAAAAUUAUAGAUUUAUUGACAACAGUUUCGCACAACCGGAACUAAUGCAGUAUUUUAUAUUAGUUAUAAAAUUCCACAGUGGCAUCAUCCCUCAUGGGAUUUAUUGUUAUUAAACGUGCCAUCUUUAGUAAAAACGUAUUCCGUUUUUCAGUAAAUUUUUUCAAUUUUUGUCCAGUAUGGCACACUUUUUGUUUAGAAUUGCAGAAAAGCAAAAUUCGCUUGCGAUUGGCACCUUGCCUUACCAAACUAUUAUCAGGUGGAAUGUUUGGGGUAAGUACAUUAUGAAUCAACUUUGAGCCUUUCAUUGACCCACGUUAAUCCUGCAGUAAACAUCCUUGUCACACUUUUAUCUAAAGUAGGUGACAAAUUUCAUUCAAUGAAAUAAUCAAUUAAAUAAAAAAAUCGGGUAACCUCCCAUUGAAUGUUUGAAGCGAACGUAUAAUUAAAUAAACUCAAUCUAAUGACCAACAUAUGAUAUCAAUGCCAUACAACAUAAUUAUGCAUUUAUAUACGCCAAAUUUCAGUUUGUACGCAUAAAUAACUCUUAUCAAAAAAUUGACUGUUAUCCUGUUCCGGUUUACUCAGAAACACGACCUAAUUGUUUAUGUUGAUUUUCUAUACCACCUACGCGUAAAAAUAGGAAUAGAAAGCACAUUUCAGAUUAUUUCACUUGCUAGCAUUUCCAAAUUUUUAUGGAUUGUCAUUGUCAAUUUUCAGUAAGCCAACACGGAUUUGGCAUAAGUAAAUUACACAGGGUGUCAGAAAAUUGUUUACUGAUAUCGUCGAUGUGGAGAAUAAAUACGUAUAUUACAACCAUAUUGUCCCACUACACGUGGUCUGGCCGCUUAAAUUUGUCGGUGCAAAGGCCAUAAAUAGUGCGUGUAUCUACCUACCACAUACUAACUUAUUGGCUAAGGAAAUGUAGGGAUGCUGUGGCAGCACUGUGGAAGGACCAAAAAGUUACUGCAGUUCACUUUCAAGAAAGUUAUGUUAAACAUAUUCAAAGGUUAAACAUAAACAUAGACGUCGAUUAAGUUAAAAAGUGCCUUAUAUUUUACAAUAUGGCAAAUUGUACGCUCUGGCAGGGCGCCGUAGGAUUUUUGUCAUUUUGAUAAAAAUGAAAAAUGACAAUAAUAAAUUACAGAAACUAAUUACCAUGGUCUAGUAAAAUAUUGUAUACUUCCGAUUGUGCUUAAUUGAUUUUAAGGUAGGUACUUACGUUCUUAAAUAAAAUGAGAUACCCAUGUCGAGAUAGUAUAUGCCGGUUUUUCUUCUUGUACAUAAUUGUAUUCUUUAACUAGUCAAUUUAUCUUAGUUUUUGUAUUUGUCUGUAGAGUAGUUGCUUGUGUGUAUAUUUUUAUAUGUAAUUUCAUACCUUUAGAAUAAGCUCCAAUUAUGAUUCCAUUGUCAGUGAUAAAUCCGAAAAUAAAAUCUGUAUCAAAACGA